UUCUGGGUGCAAAACACCAUGACACGAGGAGACCGAACCCGCCUGUAGGCGUGAUGAGCAAGCUGCUCCGUGUCUGCGGAGGGUUGUACACACACAUGUGAUCAUACAAAGCAAGUUCACCGAAUGCACUGUUGUCUGGCACAUCGACAGGACUUUCGACUGGCCAAUUCACAAUUCAAUGGACGAGUCUUAGAUCUGGGCGGUGGAGCAGGAUGGCCAGGCACAGCAUUCUCUUCCUUGGCGCCACAAACCUUCCUACUCGGGACAUACCUCAAUUUUUUGGUCUGUCUCGAAGUGAUACACAUGGCCAACUCGAACAUAGCCAGAAUCAUUGCACAAGAGUUCGGGCAACGGUCGUCGAACAUCGGACGCGGCCACCGACUGAGCUGCGUGAUGAGGCCAUGCUCCCACACAAUUGCGUCCUCUCGCGUCCUCGUCGCCCACGCGCUUUGGCCGGAAGGAGGGGCUCUGAGGACGGCUGUGCUAAAAUUACCCCAUUUUCUGAUUGUCUCACGUUGUGGCCUACCAGCAGGUGCCCAGUGCGUCGAUGCAGAAACGUUUCUUGUGGCUAUUGUCUGGUGGACUUAUCGGCGACCAAUGUUAAUCCCGCCUAAGUACGCGGCGCGGAUAUUGUCAUGCUUGGUCAUGCUUGCGACAUGGUCUCGGACGAACACGUUGCCGAUCAUAUGGGGGAUUCGAGACACGACGAUGUCAUUGCGAAUAAGUCCUCCUGCGGGUAGGGAGAGACACGAUGUAGGUACGCGAUGCGCAAAGAUGCGGAAGGAGCGCCAACGAUGACAAUAGUGUAUUGGAAAAUGAGGGUGUGUGGUUGGGUUCCUCCGUGGACUGCACAUCGGAUUCUUGCACACGCCCUCAAGAGGACAGUCCGCGCCGCGUCACAACGAGAACAAUGGGAUCGAGAGAUUGAUCAGCGCGCGACUUCUCACCCACCACCACCCCCGUUUGUGGCGAGUGGUCACCUGCGAGUGAUAGCUAGCGUCUGCCCGCGCAGCCGACGCCUGGUCGCUCCAUUUCUCCGGUGCGUGCCCUACGCCUAUCGAUGCGAGUCCGACUGAACAGUGAUUAAACAAGAAAAUGGAAUGAUCGUUUGCAAUUGGGUUGAGGAAUCCGUCG